CUGGAGGUGAACUCUUCUCCCGGUGCUGUAGUAAUUUCAACUGGGAGGUCUUCACUCGGCCAACCAAUGAGCUCACGCCUCUGCGUUGGGAGCAGAAUCCGAUUGGCUGAAGGCAGCAGAGUGCUGUCAUACCGACAGCCGAUUGGUCAGACGGGAUCGUCCAAACGCUUGGAAGACCCGCCCGUUUCUCUCUCUCCAGUGGGGACGACGUUUUCCAUCAAGACCAGAGGAGAGAAAAAACAACCACCGGACGGAGGUUUGGCAGGGAAAAAAGGGGGAAACCUCAGCUGCUUCACCGGGAUAAAAAUACACACACAGCCCGAGAUAAGAGCAGUGUUCUCCGGAGCUCCUUCACGAUGCUGGUGGUGCUAGAUGGAGUUGCUGCACCAGCAUCUUUGCAGACAUAAAGAUAGCCAUGCUGGAAGUGAAAUGUGGGGAAAAAGAAGAGACACACACAUGCACUAGGGCACUGGAGUGGGGGAAAAACAGGAGUUCCAGUGCAGGCUGAUCACAGAAUGAUGAGGACCAUGCUCUCCUGAAUCCCCCACCCCCUUCACCCUCCUCACUGUCCUUAUCCACACCACCGCCUCCAUCAUGAACCACACUCCCAGCCCCCACCUGUCUGAAGGCGGUAAGUCAACCGGAGGUGGCCUGCUGUGCAGCUUGGGUCUGGGGUCCGAAAGGGGGAUUCGCUCCCCGGACAGCCUCACCCACACCCCCAGCCCCACUGGAGGAACUCCCAGCUCCAGCCCCCCGCUGCUGUUGUCGCCCGGGCUGGGAGGCCUCGGGCUGGGAUCCCUGGGAGCCAUUGGCGAUGGAGCCGGGGCCGACUGGGAGAGCAGGGAGGAGCUGAGGCUUAGGGAGCUGGAGGAGGCGCGUGCCAGAGCGGCCCAGAUGGAGAAGACCAUGAGGUGGUGGUCGGACUGCACCGCCAACUGGAGAGAGAAGUGGAGCAAGGUCCGUGCAGAGCGUAACCGUGCACGUGACGAGGUUCGUCAACUGAGGCAGCGGCUGGAUACCAUCACCAAGGAGCUGACCAGUGUGCGACGGGAGCGGCAGGAACUGGCCUCAGAGAAUGAGACACUACGGCAGGAGACGCUCCGCAGUGCCCACACGGCUCCUCCACCAUCUGCCACCUCUCCAUCUUCAUCCCCCGCGCACCCUCGUGCUGCUUCUUCCUCUUCGUCUCCAACUAUCCCUCCCUCUUCCCCUGCCUCCUCCUCCUCCUCUCAGGUCAACACUGAUGGCAAACUGGACAGGAUGGGGGAGGGACCACCAGGGUCUCCAGAGCCAGAACCAGUGAGGGACGUGGACUUGGAGAGACAAAAGAUGGGUCAACAAAAGGACUUGGAGGUGCUGGACUCUGUCCUUCGUUCCAGAGCCCCUGAAGGUGACCCAGAGGACUGGGAAAGUCGCAGUGGUGUUAACCUGUCCAGCUCACGUUCAUCCUCCGGCCUGAGCCGGCAGGAACGCAGCAGGCAGCUGUGGGAUGACAUUGGCACGGUGGAGGAAGACUCCAGCAAACUCAACGCUCUGCAGCUUCGUCUGGACGAGUCCCAGAAAGUCCUGCUGAAAGAGAGAGAAGACAAGCUGGCACUGAGUAAGAGCAUCGAGAGGCUGGAGACGGAACUCAGUCAGUGGAAACUUAAAUAUGAGGAGCUCACCAAGACCAAACAGGAGGCUCUCAAACAGUUGAACCUGCUGAAGGAAAUGCACCAGGACGAGCUCGGCCGCAUAUCUGAAGACUUGGAGGACGAACUGGGAGCCAGAACCAGCAUGGACAAGAAGCUAGCCGAACUACGAGCUGAGAUGGAGAGGCUGCAGGUGGAGAACGCUGCAGAGUGGGGGCGCAGGGAGCGCCUGGAGACCGAGAAACUCGCCCUGGAGAGGGACAACAAGAAGCUGAGGGCCCAGACUGAAGACCUGGAGGAGCAACUGGCCAAGAAACGCCGGCAGGCGGCCUCCGCCCUCGACACCGACCUCAAGGCCAUUCAGACUGAGCUGUUUGAGAGAAACAAGGAGCUGGCUGACCUUCGCCACAUUCACUCUAAACUGAAGAAGCAGUUUCAGGAGAAGACGGCGGAGCUCGCCCACGCCAACCGGAGGGUGGAGAGCCACGAGGCUGAAGUCAAAAAGCUGCGACUGAGGGUGGAGGAGCUUAAGAAAGAGUUGGGACAGGCCGAGGAUGAGUUGGAUGAGUCACAUAACCAGACCAGGAAGCUGCAGAGGUCUCUGGAUGAGCAGGUGGAGCAGACUGAGAACCUGCAGGUACAAUUGGAACACUUACAGUCAAGACUGCGGCGGCAGCAGCAGAAUCCAGGUCUGUUUGGGAAAAUGCGAACAGCUCGAUUCGGUCCUGAAAACCCAGAUGGUCCAACCAGUGACAUGGACGAGGAGGAUGAAGAACUGCAGCUUCAGAUCCCAUGACACACACACACACAUACACACACACAUAGUGACACAGGAAAAAACUAUAUUGUUGCUCUUUGGGUAAACUUUGUAUCUGUAUUUGUAUUAUUCAAAUAGAUCCCCCUAAAUCCUCCACGCUGGACCUUCAAGGGUCACAUUUACCAAGAGUCAGGCCCAAAGGUCAACGUCACUUUUAUCUUAGGCAGUUUCCUCAACUGAUCAGUGAUCAAUAAUCAAAUUAUCAUGAAAAACAAAUGUAUGUUUCUUU